GAAAUGGGUUGUUUGAAGGUCACGUUUCGUGUAAACAAUGUUUACAACGUAGUGGUUUUAUGACUUACUAUUAUAUUUACGUUUACAGAAAGAUAGCAUUGGAAGGGUCAGAUGGCUAACUUGCUUGCGUCUAGCUAAUUUGUGAGGAUCCUAAAUCACCAGUAGAUUAAUACGAUCACAAGGACCCAUUUUUCAACUCUAGGCAUCGUUUUGAAGCAAUUCCUUCAUUUGUAAUCACACAACUUAAAAUUGCCCAAAGUUAGGAUCAAGUGAUACUUGAUGAAGGAAGGGCUGGAGUACUCGGUAACCAGCAACAAUCAAUGAAGGAGGCACCGGGACGCCCGUUGUCUGGCGAGGAGGACAACUGAACCAAAACACUACCAAGUUUAAUCGGAAAAGCCAGAGAUGGACUUGGUACCAGCAGCUAGCAUUGAUCACGGGUACAGCAUCAUCCCAACUACUGAAGAACCGGCUGUAGAAGAGGUAAACAAGGGGGCUGAAGCAGGUAAUGAUGACCCUCCAGUUGAUUGGUUCGAGCCCCUUGAGGAGGACGACGAUACACAUAGUUGGGAGCCUGGGCACCACGUUAACAGGAGGGACGAAGAAGAAGAAGAGGAAGGGAGUGUUGCUGCAGAAAGUGAAAAAAGCGGCAGUGUGGCCAGCGACGAUAAGGCCUUUAAGAGAACCUACAGAGUCUCUCAUCACCGUAAGAGCACCAAUGCUGAUGAGGGGUGGGUGGAUUGGCCGAUCCUAGGAGAGGGCUGGAAGCGCAGACAAGUCAUCCGUCGCUCAGGGUCCAGUGUUGGCCAGAGGGAUGUCUAUUACGUCGGUCCUGGUGGUGAACGCGUGAGAAGCAGAGUAGAGUUGGCUGCUGUGUUGGGGAGCGUCAUGAACGUUGCCAUGUUUGAUUUCAAGACAGGAGAGUUCCAUACGGGCCAACCGCAACACCCAAGGCGAAAAAGGAGGAAGAGUCGAGAGCGUCAGUGGUCGGAAUCCAGCUGCAAGGAGAAGGACGAGGGGGUCGACACUCCGGGCCCUCACCACUUGGUCUCUCCCCAGAGACGCAUCAAGAAAGAGCCGGUCAUCAAAGAAGAACCAAGCUCCUCAGGGAAACCCAACGCAUGGCCCCCCACCCUCUUCUGUGCGGGUUGCGGGAAUGAGUUUAUAGGCACUUCCUAUGACAGACAGAGGAAAAAGCCAUGCUGUCCCAACUGCUGGGCUGCCAAGCGGAAAACACACCCAAGUAUCCGUACCAAAAGGUGGAUUCCCUGCUUGCGGUGCGAGGCUUGCCUAACUACGUCAAACUGUGGUAGUUGCCACAACUGUGAAGACAAACUUAGCUCACUCCCGAAUACUUUCACCCGGCUAACCUGCCAGAAGCGACGGUGCCUUUGUCCCGUCCGUAAGGAGCUGAUGGCCGGUUCGGAGAAUGUCCGGGUCAAGCUGAGCCCGCCUCCAUCGCUUGAGCUCAGCUACCUGGAGGAUUUUCAAGAGCCCUUGGACGAAGAUGACGUACAUUUUGGAUUCGAAAUGGACGUGACGGAUCAAAUUAUGGAGAGCAGUGACACAGAGCAUUCUGUAAACAUCGAAGUGGACGACGCAGAGGAUGACAUGUCCGACGGGGAGGAGGGGGAAUUCGAUGAGGAUGAUGAGGAAUGGCCAAAGAGGCGGCGGCGGCGUGCGUGUGGGACAUGCAGCGCCUGCCUCGGCACGACAGACUGCGGCAAAUGUGACUUCUGCAGAGACAAGCCUAAGUUUGGAGGCCGCAACACCAAGAGACAGAAGUGCCGUUUACGCCAGUGCCAAAGCCGGGCCAAGAGACACUUGUUGCCCUUGCAGUUGGGCCCUGGCCGACGAAAACCUCGGUAUACUUACAGUCGCAAGCCCCUGAUGAAGAGGAGCAAAGAGCUACCGAGCGGGGGUCCCGGGGGUCCUGGGAGUCCCGGCGAGGACGAUGGUCGCCCCACAGCCAUACCGUACCGGUGUCCUGAGCCAGCGAGCAGAAGCACCCUGCCCCCGGUGGCCAUCCCCCGAGCUCACUGGGUGGCGAGGAGAGGGAGCCCUGAGCCUUCGAGCAGUACCAAGCGACCUCCUGAAGUCAGCCACAGACCUUACUGGGUGGAGAAGGGAGGGAGCCCUGAGCCUGCAAGCAGUACCAAGCGACCUCCUGAGGUCACCCACAGACCACACCGGCUGUCUCCGCAGGUGAACAAAAUGCCAAGCCUGGAACACGGGGACAACGUUCAGUCCCAAACGAUCCCUCAGGUCUUCAGCUCGGCGGAGAGACAGGCCAGGCUCAACGUGGACCCGAGCAGCCCGCUGUAUAAGCUCCUGGAGGAGCUGCGGGCGGCGGCGCUGCCCAUCCUCUGGUACUCCAUCCUGGUGGAGGGCCCGCGGCUGCAGAUCAUCCAGUGCUCAAAGCAGUCCAGGAUGGCGGACACGGCGGUGCUGAUCGAGCCGGACUUCUGCUUCCGGGUCACGGUGCAGAAGCAGCCGCUGCUGCCCUGCCACCCUCUGUACGACCAGCACGCCCUGCACCUGAGCUCCGUGAGACAGGUGGUGAAGCUGCUGUUGGACCUGGAGAGCUAUUUUGUGUGCCAGGGCAUCGCCAUGGAGGAGAGGCCCGCCACUGACGGACCCAUCAUCCUGGACCGGGCGCUGACAUGUGACUUUCUGGUGCCGGGCACCGUGGCGGUGUGUGCAGCCUGCAGUGCGUUGUGUGGGCCCCGCUAGGGCCGAUGCCUCUGAGAGGCCGUAGAACUGAGGGUGGGGGUUGAUGCGUGAAUUAAAUAAGAAUUAGAUCAUUUUGUUUGGUACUUUUUGAUAUAAAAUGCACAAACCGGAUCAGAAUAAAUGCUUUUACUUUUGUGGUCCUGGAAUAUAAAUUAGGAUGGCCAUAUAGGUUGAUUAUUUCACCAAAGACUUCUAUUGAGUAGAAGGGCAGUGUGAUUUUUGUAAUUUAUUGUUUUUUGUAGGAGCUUGAUAAAGGUCACUUAACCAUGCUCAGAAUGAGCUAUAAGAAAUUAAAAUAAAUAACUUUUAUGAUACGAUGCCUUGUGGGAUGGCCGAGAAAUUAAUAUUUCCUUUCACUUCCUGGAUUAAAUCUGGGAUAUAUAUUUUUUUAUAUAUAUAUACCAGAGAUUACAUCUUUGAGUAAACCUAUUGUGCAAGAUCAUCAUUGUGCAUAGACGUUUGUGUGAAUAUGUUGGAUGAGAUAAUAUGGCAAUUAACUAAUAAAAUAAACCUGAGGGCUUUUUCAAUGUUAA